CAAACAGCUAGCAUGGCUGCUCCCGAAGAAGAUACCCGCCGUAGUGCGCGCUUCUCGCAGAUCCUUUCGCGUCUACAAGAAUUGCCCAACUAUACCUGGAGCACCGACAUCGAACCUUUCCAUUCGAGCUACGACAACUGGCACUUCGCUGGAGUCCAAAAGUCUCCUCGCGAUCGCCCAGUCUCUAGAGGGCGCAGUUUUGGUGCCGCUUCCGGCUCUUCCUCGACCUCUCCCGACGCAGAUCGCCCGAGCUUGGCUCGUAGUCACAAAUCAUCUGGAAGCAACACAAGCAUAAUCACACACGCUGCCCAAGGAACGCAUGAUUCACAAGGGGCGCUCAAUACCGAGACACACCAGGACUGUGUGGUCGUUUGCCGUGUCUCGGCGCAUGCUCUUCGCCUGGAGCGUGAGUUUCAACUCUGUCAGCUUAUUCAUAAAAAAUCUGAUCCCACUGGCCGCCAUUUUGUCAAGCCCAUUGACUUUCUGCGAUUGCCUGUGAAGCCAGGCAACACUGAGCCGCUGGCUGUCAGCAUAGUAGAGGCACCGGGACCCAAUUAUCUGAAAGAUCUGGUUCAGUUCGGCCCAAACUCUUACAAGGUCAUACGGCAAGAUAACAAAUGGAAGUUUCGCCAGCUCCAGCACGAGCAAUGUAUCGCAUUGCGGACGUUUCUGGACUUCGCCGUGGGGGCAGCCGAGUGCCUGGAAAUCCUACAUCAUGGUCAUGAACUCGUCCAUGGGGAGAUACGAGGAGAUGCAUUUCAUUUUUCGGAAGAUGGCACAGUCAGGAUGUUCAACUUUGGAAGUGGAGCACGGGCCUUUGAGAACGGCCUUACGUCUGCCGGAUGGAACAUCUUGAGUAAGGAACGCGGCGUUGAGAUGAAGCUUGCUUUCAUCGCCCCGGAGCAGACUGGGCGUAUGCCAGCGGAACCCGAUAGCCGUACUGAUCUCUACAGUCUAGGCAUUCUGUUUUAUCUGAUGCUGUGCGGCGAAACCCCCUUCGAUGGUCCUACUCCGCUAGACGUCAUGCAGAAUGUAUUGAACAAACGUAUACCUCCCGUGUCCUCAAAACGUAUAGAUAUACCAGAAGCUUUGUCAAACGUUAUCCAGCGCAUGACGCAAAGGAACAUCGAAGAUCGAUAUCAUAGUACAAGUGGGCUCAAAUUCGAUUUGAUCAAAAUACGUGAGCUCUUGUCAGAAGGUGACAGCGACGGUCUGGCAGCGUUCCGAAUAGGCUCCAAAGACAUCAGCUGCUUUUUUAACCUUCCAUUGAAACAAUUUGGACGAACCAAGGAACAAGAAGCAAUCGUCGAAGUGAUCCAGCGAGCGUCAAAACGUCGACGCACCAAUCCCAUCUUUAGCAAAGCUUUGAACAGCCUCAGCUCGAGUUCAUCAUAUUCAGAUCCGCGCAUGGAAGUCAAUCAAUUAGAUGACAUUUUGUCGGACAGCACAAGCUCUAGGGGUUCCGAUACUCGCUUGAAUAGUGUGUCGAGCCCUGGUUCCGGUCCAGUGUUCAUGGAAGCAGCGCGCUCUAUUCAUCAGAGGUCCGAGGACAGCGUGACUCGCUCCGAUGUGUCUGUGGGGGAAGAUAUCUCGAGGCCACAAUUGCAAACAACCAGUCGAGGUCCUUCGAAUCAUAGCAUAGAAGGCUCUCUAUCGCUGUCCCGUUCGACGCAGCCAGGAUCGGACUCAUUGAUGCGUAGUAUGUCCAAUGUACGUAAUUCAAAGCUGAGAAGAACACGGUGCGAAGUCGUGGCUAUUGCCGGGGCGGCGGGAUUAGGCAAGUCCAAACUUGUCCAGAGUAUACAAUCGACCGCCCGGAGCGCCGGAUACUUCGCCUCCGCCAAGUUCGAUCCCGCGAAAAAGGCGCCAUUUGAACCUAUUCUGAAGCUCAUGUCCAGCUUAUUCCGCCAGAUGUUCAGUGAAGCGGAUGUCAAUACGGAAUUUCACACAAACUUAAGGAAUUACUUGAGAAAUUCAGGGGUUUGGGCAGUCCUACACACCUACCUCGAUCUACCGGAAUGGCUACUGUCAACUGGUGAUAAUCCUCAGACGCCGCAGGUCCAAUCGCCAGUACCCCAAAAUACAGUAAAAUCAGAAUGUGAAAGACGAGCAUCCUCGCCAGCUGUCCAUUGUGGCGCUUCUGGUCAUACGGCCGAUGCCUGGCUGCGCAGUGGCGGUGCUUCCAAAGCUUCUCGAUUCAUGAAUAUCUUUAUCGAUAUUCUUCGUCUCUUAGCAACCCAAAAGUUUUGCAUAUGGUCUCUCGAAGAUGUGCAAAAUAGCGACCCGGAGAGUGCUGAGUUGAUCUCUCAUAUAGGAAAAGCCAAGAUACCCAUCGUGAUGAUCUUCACAUACCAAGAUGAGGAAAAAGUGCCGAAAGAACUGCACACUCUGUUACAUGCAGCGAAGAAAAUCCAGCUGUUUCCAUUCACAGAGGAUCAAACUGCCGAAUAUAUAGCAGAAACUUUACAUCGUGACACAGAAUACAUCCUUCCCCUGGUAGCCGUCGUUCAAGAAAAAUCCGGUGGAAAUAUAUUCUAUAUUCGCGAAAUUCUGGAUACCUGCUACCGCAAGCAUUGCGUGUAUUACUGUUGGAGAGAAGGAAAUUGGGUUUUUGAUUUGGAUCUCAUCUUUUCGGAAUUUGAAAGCUCUGAAUAUGGUUCUCUGGUGAACAACGAUUUCAUCUCCAACCGGUUGUCGGAGCUACCACUUGCCACUCGCAAAUUAUUGGCGUGGGCGUCAUUGUUUGGUGGAAACUUCUCAUUCUCUGUGGUCAAAAAGCUUCUGAACCCGAAGAUUGCAAUUGAAGAUGCGGCUAAUCUACCGCUACUUCGUGACAGCGAUGGCGGUGUCUCGGCUCUCAAUACUGCAAUUAAUGCCUUCAUCAUCAUGCCUGCUGAUGCAGAAGACAGGUUCCGGUUCAGCCAUGACCGAUACUUGACAGCCGCUAUCUCAUCGUUAGAAAGCCAGUGGGACACAACAGCCAUGCACUACAUGAUCGCGAAACUGAUGGCAACGUCGGAAGAGGUUGGAAAUGAUGCAGAAGCCGGUCCCCAAGCUCUCUAUACGCGGAGUCGACACAUAUGCCUCGCGACCGACAUUAUAAAGUCCCGAGAAACCAGUAGGGCUACUUUUCGAGAUGUACUUUACCAGGCUGCAGAGACUGCUUGCGAGUCCGGUGCCAGGUCGACUGGUAUCUAUUACUACGCGCACUGUUUGUUGCUUCUCCAAGAUGAUCCUUGGGAUGAUGAUCUUCCUGAUGUGUCUUACCAAGAAACACUCCAACUUUUUGUACGUGCCGCAGAGUGCUACUUCCAUCAAGGGAUGAUAGAUGAAGCGCAAUCUCUUAUACGAACAACCUUCAAACAUGCGCGAGACGCGACCGACAUGGCGUCAUCUUUCAUUCUGCAGUCUCGUGUUCACGCAAUCCGAGGGGACCAUUUUGGAGCUUUCCAGUCGUUGAAAGAUUGCUGUUCUCUGCUUGAAAUACCGAUACCACCUACCACAUGGGAAGAGUGUGACUCCCAGUUCCAACAGAUCUGUGCUCAAUUGCAGAGCAUGAACAAGGAAGAGCUACUCUCGCGCCCUCAGUCGAAAGAUGACCGCAUGCUGAUGACUUUGGGGCCAAUUGCCAUUGAGUUGCUUAGUGCAGCUUUUUGGUCGAAUAGCCUGAUUUUUUUCCAGGUCACUCUCAUGCUCGUGGACUUGCAUUUGCGUCGGGGCACAGUCUCACAGAUGGGGCUCGGUUAUGUUCAUCUGGGUUCAAUUGCGGCAGGACGUUUUGGUAUGAUUGAGUUUGCUGUCGAAUGUGGUACAGUCGCGAAACGACUAUUCGCAUUAUAUCCAGAAGACAGUUAUACUGUUGGUCGAGGGCAAACACUGUACGGCCUUUUCAUCAGUCACUUAUCAGGGCCAUUGUCCGAUGCAAUAUUUGACCUGAACAGCGGGUUGAUUAAUUCUUCAACUGCUGGCGACAGGAUUCUAUCGUUGAUGAAUUUUGGUUUGACCGCUCAUAUGCAGCUUAUGGCAUCUACCGAUGUUGCUGAUGUGGAAUUGUGGAUCGAGGAAGCACCCGUGGAGUUCAAAAAUUGGGCACGCGAUCUUCGUGGAGGAAUGUUCCUUACGUCAAGUCGGCAACUGGCGAGGGCAUUGCAAGGUAAGACAGGUGUCCAUAGUGCGGAACUUAUCUUUUCCGACGAGGAGCACAACAGCCAGGAGUACAUCGAAUAUAUCGAGCAAAGCGUCUCGAACCCAAAGCGGCCCAAGUCUUUCUACCUCGCUUUGCAACUUCCUGCCCUGGUUUUAUACGGCCAUUGGCGUGAAGCAAUUGACCUUGGCAGGCGGCUUAUACCAAUGAUGGAGAGUAUGUGGAGCCAAAGGAUAGUAUAUGGAACCUGGUUCUAUCUGUCUCUUGCCUAUAUGGCUUUGAUACGCGAAGAGCCUGAUCACGCUGAAAAGGGACCGAUGAUAGAUUUCGUUCAGCAGGCUAUCAAGAAGCUGGACGCCUGUUGUGUUAUAACCGACGUUAACUACCGACACUGGAUUGCAUUGCUAUCGGCGGGCGUAUCUGAGCUUAUUGGUGAUCCUCCAGGAGCAUUACAGCACUUCGAGUCCGCAUUGGAUCACAGUGAAGUGCAUGGCUUCACUCUGGAUGAGGCUCUGGCUUUCGAGCUCUACGCUGAGUGGUUGAUUCGCAAGAAGUCUUUGCGUCCUGCCCGUCACGUACUGAAGGAUUGCAUCUCGACAUACCGUCGAGUCUCGGCAUAUGGAAAGGCCACUCAACUAUCUUCUAAAUACGAGUGGCUACUCAGGGGAACCUCCUCACUAAGCACCAUGGACGUCGCCGUACAGACAACCAUCAUCGAUACCGGCAACACCUCUCUACGGUUGGAACAGAACUUGGAACAAGAAGACCGUUUAUUAGGGACAGAAACUGCAGUUGAUCGAACGCAGGACUGGGUAGUACCAAAAUCCAAGAAGCCGCAUGGGUCGCAACAGAAUCUUCAAAAUGGCCUUUCAGCUACUGGUCUUGAUAUGCUCGAUCUGAGCUCGAUUCUCGAGAGCAGCCAACUACUUUCCAGCGAACUGAAUUUCGAUAAGCUAAUGGCCAAGAUGGCAGGUAUCAUAUUGGAAUCUACCGGCUCAUCACUCUGCGGCAUCGUCAUUGAAGACGCUCAGAUUGAAUGGAGUGUUGCGUGUGUAGCAACAAACGAAAACGACAAACUUGAAGGACGCCCUACAGGUGGUGUGGCUUCGUUCCCUUCCGGACAACCAUUGGAUACCGUAGAAGAUGUUGUAGCGCAACAAGUCACACGUUACACUCUUAGGUUUCGCGAGACGGUCUUUUGCCAGAAUCUCCUUGAGGACGACCGCUUUUCAAACGUCUCCGAGUCUUACCUCAAACGCAACCCUGCCGGAAAAGCAAUCAUCUGUAUUCCUAUUGUACAUCUUGAGCAUCUCAUGGGUGCAAUUUAUGUGGAGGGCCCACCGAACUCAUUCACCGAGCGCAACACAAAUGUAUUGCGUCUGCUCGUCAACCAAGUAUCCAUAUCACUCGCGAAUGCACUGCUUUUCAAGCAAGUGGAACGCGUCAGUGCUUCCAAUGAAGCAAUGUUGGAGAUGCAAAAGAGGGCGUUAGCACAAGCUCGUGCUGCGGAAAUUAAGGCAAAGGAAGCCGAAGCAAUUGCCAUUCGUAACAUGAGGCUCAAAGAAGAAGCAGCCAAGGCAAAGAGCUUAUUUCUUGCCAAUGUUUCCCAUGAACUUCGCACUCCUCUCAACGGCGUGAUCGGCAUGUCUGAACUCCUCAAAGCCAGUCCUUUGAACAGCGAGCAAGCGGGCUACGCUGACUCUAUUCGUGUCUGCGCCGACACUCUUCUAUCGAUCAUCAACGACCUGCUCGAUUAUUCAAAGCUAGAAGCUGGGAAGAUGAAUGUCAUGAACAUGCCUCUCUCUCUAACAGAAACGAUAACCGAAGUAGUUCGAGCUUUGGCUUAUACGAAUGCUGAGCGGGGCCUCAAGACAGUAGAACAGCUGGAAAUUGAUCCUGAACUCCUCGUUAUGGGUGAUCCCGUUCGCUUACAUCAGAUCCUCAUGAAUCUCCUUUCCAACUCCUACAAGUUCACCCCCAAAGGCUCUGUCACUGUACGUGCUACUGCUGACCGAGAGAGUGAGAGUUGGAUUGAUGUUACAUGUAGCGUCAUCGACACUGGAAUUGGCAUUCCAGAAGAGCAGAUGAAAAAACUAUUCCUCCCAUUCAGUCAAAUCGAGAGUUCAAGUUCUCGCAGCUAUGGCGGUACAGGUCUUGGCUUGAGUAUUUGCAAAGCCUUGAUCGAAAAUGUUAUGGAAGGGAAAGUCUGGAUGGAAUCGACACCUGGCCUGGGAACAUCAGUGUCGUUUUCACUACGGUUCCAAAAGGUGCCCAAGACCGAAGCGCAGAACAGGCAAGUCGUGACUCGUGAGCCAGAUCCAAUGGCGAAAUUCUCUAGCCAAGAGAACAACGGUCACGAACAGGAUACUCCAUGUAUUGACCUCAGUACGAUCCCACGCAAUGAGUUAAAAGUGUGCAUUGCAGAGGACAAUCUCAUUAACCAAAGGAUCGCCAUCUCAUUCGUGCAGAAGCUUGGUUUCAAGUGCGAUGCAUACUUGGACGGAUUCAAAACCAUUGAUGCACUUGAAAGAGCGAGCGACAACGGGCGACCUUUUCAUCUUGUCCUCAUGGAUGUGCAGAUGCCACAUUGCGAUGGGUAUGAAGCAACUCGUUUGAUACGCAAACACCACGAUCCCAACAUUCGCAAUGUACUCAUCAUCGCCAUGACUGCCUCGGCGAUACAAGGAGACAGGGAGAAAUGUCUGGCAUCAGGCAUGAACAACUACCUCGCAAAACCUGUCCGUGCGCAAACGCUCAAGGCCCUGCUCGAAUCGUACCUUUCGAAAAAGGAAGGAGAGACAAUGCCAAAUCUGCAGGCACAAGCAGCACAGAUUGUCCAAGAAGCGCUGCACAACGCCAAAUCUGCCUCAACAGACGUAGAAUAUAGCGCAGAAACUGAAAAAGGCGUCAAUGGGGGUGACGGAGAAAAGGGGGAGCUCCAACUGCCAAGAUCGAGACCUAGCUCGGUUCGAAUGAAUACCACGCGGCGUUGGCGUGCUCCUGACAAAGAGGGGAGUGGGAGUAGCAAUGACCCUGCCAGCUGA